GGAGCUAUAGGCUGCUGCUGGCGGGAGUUGGACGGCGCGGGAAGUACAGUCUGGAGCCGGAAUGGUGCUGCAGAACAGCGGGAAGCGAACCGAACCUCGGGGUGACGGGGAAGGCCAGCAAGAUGAUGUUUCAGCAAAUUCAGCUGCUAAGAGACUGGAACGCAGCCAGUGGACGGAUAAGAUUGAUGCUCAGUAUGGUUUUGAGCGGAUUAAGGAGCCCGGUGAGAAAACGGGAUGGCUGCUAAACAUGCAUCCGACUGAAAUUCUUGAUGAGGACAAGCGUCUUGUCAGUGCUGUAGAUUAUUACUUUAUACAAGAAGAUGGGAGUCGGUUCAAGGUUGCUCUACCAUAUAAGCCGUAUUUCUAUGUGGCCACCAAAAAGGGAUGUGAGAGGGAAGUCUCCUCUUUUCUUUCCAAAAAGUUCCAAGGAAAGAUAGCAAAGUUGGAAACUGUACCCAAGGAAGAUCUGGAUUUGCCAAACCAUCUGGUGGGACUGAAGCGAAACUAUAUCAAAUUAUCUUUUCAUUCCGUGGAUGAUCUUAUUAAAGUUAGGAAAGAGAUCUCCCCAGCUGUGCGGAAGAACAAAGAGCGGGACAAUGCCAGCGAUACGUACACUGCUAUGCUUUCUAGUGCUUUGACGGGAAACAGUUUUGCUCCUGAGGAGGAUGGGCCCUCUAAAAAGAUAUCUGAUCAGAUGGAGAACAUAAUUGAUAUGAGAGAAUAUGAUGUCCCUUACCACGUGCGGCUUUCUAUUGAUCUUAAAAUACAUGUGGCUCACUGGUAUAACAUUAGAUAUCGCGGAAUCACUUCACCCCCAGAAAUCAUAAGACGGGAUGACCUUGUGGAAAGACCAGAUCCAGUGGUUUUAGCUUUUGACAUUGAAACUACAAAGCUGCCACUGAAGUUUCCAGAUGCUGAAACUGACCAGAUUAUGAUGAUCUCUACAUGAAUUGAUGGACAGGGCUAUCUAAUUACAAACCGGGAGAUUGUCUCUGAAGACAUUGAAGAUUUUGAGUUCACUCCAAAACCGGACUAUGAGGGCCCUUUUUGUAUUUUCAAUGAGCCAGACGAGGCACAUCUGAUUCAGCGUUGGUUUGAGCACGUUCAAGAAACAAAGCCAAAUAUAAUCGUGACCUACAAUGGAGACUUCUUUGACUGGCCCUUUGUGGAGACCCGUGCCACAAUUCAUGAGAUGAGCAUGCUCCAAGAGAUUGGCUUUCAAAAAGAUAGCCAAGGGGAAUACAAGUCUCCCUCUUGUAUUCAUAUGGAUUGUCUCAGGUGGGUGAAGAGAGAUAGUUACCUUCCUGUUGGAAGCCAUAACCUAAAGGCAGCUGCAAAGGCUAAGCUGGGCUAUGACCCAGUAGAGCUGGACCCAGAGGAGAUGUGUCGUAUGGCUACAGAACAACCACAGGUGCUGGCCACAUACUCAGUAUCUGAUGCUGUUGCGACGUAUUACAUGUACAUGAAGUAUGUUCAUCCCUUUAUCUUUGCGCUCUGCACCAUUAUCCCUAUGGAGCCAGAUGAGGUGUUAAGAAAAGGCUCUGGAACUCUGUGUGAGGCAUUGCUGAUGGUCCAGGCUUAUCAUGCCAAUAUAAUCUUCCCUAACAAACAAGAAACCGUGUUUAACAAGCUGACUAAUGAUGGCCACGUGCUGGACUCUGAGACGUAUGUGGGUGGCCAUGUGGAAGCUUUGGAGUCUGGCGUCUUCCGUAGUGACAUUCCUUGCCGUUUCAAAAUGAACCCUGCUGCCUUCGAUUUCCUUCUGCAGCGCGUUGAGUUGACCCUCCGUCAUGCUAUAGAAGAGGAGGAGAAAGUCCCAUUGGAGGAAAUCACCAACUUCCAGGAGGUUUGUGAUGAGAUUAAAAGAAAGUUGAAUUCUCUGAAAGAAGUUCCAAAUAGAAUUGAGUGCCCACUCAUUUACCAUCUGGAUGUCGGGGCCAUGUAUCCCAAUAUCAUUCUCACCAAUCGUUUGCAGCCUUCUGCCAUGGUUGAUGAAGUGACGUGUGCAGCUUGUGACUUCAACAAGCCAGGAGCCACAUGCCAACGCAAAAUGACUUGGCAGUGGAGGGGAGAGUUCAUGCCAGCCAGCCGCAGUGAAUAUCAUCGUAUUCAGCAACAGUUAGAAUCUGAGAAGUUUCCCCCUCUGUUCCCUGGGAAGCCCCCAAGAGCAUUUCAUGAGCUAACAAGAGAGGAGCAAGCAAAAUAUGAAAAGAAGCGACUGGCAGAUUAUUGUAGAAAAGCUUACAAGAAGAUUCGUAUCACCAGACUGGAAGACCGUGUCACUACCAUAUGUCAGCGGGAGAACUCUUUCUAUGUAGAUACGGUGCGCGCUUUCAGAGAUCGUAGAUAUGAGUUCAAAGGACUGCACAAGGUUUGGAAGAAGAAAUUGUCUGCAGCAUUUGAAAGUGGAGAUGCUGCCGAGAUAAAGCGAUGCAAGAACAUGGAGAUUUUGUAUGAAUCCCUGCAGCUGGCUCACAAGUGCAUCCUGAAUUCCUUCUAUGGAUAUGUCAUGCGCAAGGGAGCUCGCUGGUAUUCGAUGGAGAUGGCUGGAAUUGUAUGCUAUACAGGAGCCAACAUUAUCACUCAGGCAAGGGAGCUGGUGGAACAGAUAGGGAGGCCUCUGGAAUUGGACACGGAUGGGAUAUGGUGUGUUCUUCCAAAUAGUUUUCCAGAAAAUUUUGUAAUCAAAUCCAAUAAUGCAAAGAAGCCAAAAGUGACCAUAUCCUAUCCAGGCGCAAUGCUCAAUAUCUUGGUGAAGGAAGGCUUUACGAACCAUCAGUACCAGGAGCUUGUUGAUCCCUCAACACUAACAUACGUAACACGCUCUGAAAAUAGUAUCUUUUUUGAAGUGGAUGGGCCAUAUCUUGCCAUGAUCCUUCCAGCAUCAAAGGAAGAGGGGAAGAAGUUGAAGAAAAGAUAUGCUGUGUUUAAUGAGGAUGGCUCACUUGCUGAGCUUAAAGGAUUUGAAGUAAAGAGAAGAGGGGAACUGCAGCUGAUCAAGAUUUUCCAGUCCUCUGUGUUUGAGGCUUUCCUAAAGGGAAGUACGUUGGAGGAGGUCUAUGCAUCUGUAGCCAAAGUGGCGGAUUACUGGCUGGAUGUGCUUUACAGCAAGGCUGCCAACAUGCCAGAUUCUGAGCUGUUUGAAUUGAUCUCUGAAAAUCGUAACAUGUCUAGACGACUUGAGGAUUACGGGGAGCAAAAAUCUACGUCUAUUAGUACUGCCAAACGCUUAGCUGAGUUUCUUGGCGAUCAGAUGGUUAAGGAUGCUGGACUUAGUUGCCGAUACGUUAUAUCUCGCAAGCCUGAUGGAUCCCCAGUUACUGAAAGAGCUAUUCCUUUGGCGAUUUUUCAAGCGGAGUUGGGAGUAAAGCGACAUUAUCUACGGAAGUGGCUGAAAAACCCAUCUUUGCACGAUUUAGACAUACGCUCGAUUCUAGACUGGGAUUACUACAUAGAGCGUCUGGGUAGCGCUAUUCAAAAAAUUAUAACCAUUCCAGCAGCAUUACAGCAGGUGAAGAAUCCAGUCCCCCGUGUAAGGCACCCAGAUUGGCUACAUAAGAAAUUACUUGAGAAGAAUGAUGUCUACAAACAAAAAAGAAUUAAUGAACUGUUCACAAUUCAAGGAAAAAAGCAAGUCACCGCCCAACUGCAGCAACCAGAUUCCUCACAAACUGCAGAUAUUGAGGACUUUGGAGUAGGGAAACGUCUGCAGCCCACUAUUCCUAUCAGCACAAAGAGAAAGCGUGUACCAACAGCAGAGGAGAGUCAAGGUGACUCGCAAGAUGUAGCACUUACACAGUCUUGGAGGGAGGUCUUGGGUUCACCUCCUCCACUCGGCACCACAAAGGAAGAGAGACUUCUUUGGUUGCGUUAUCACAAGAAAAAGUGGGAGAUACAGGCCCGUCAGCGCAAAGAAAGACAGAAGAAGCGGAGAUUAGAUGAUGGAGACGCAGCCCCUGGAGCGGGAGGUGUAGUCCGUGAAACCCAAGCCGCUGGGUUAGGCAGUUUCCUGCGUCGAACGGCUCGCAGCAUCCUUGACAUGCCUUGGCAGAUUGUGCAGAUUGGGGAAAGCAGUCAACCUGGAAUCUUCCGCUUGUGGGCAGUAAUUGGCAGCGACUUGCACUGUAUCAAGCUCAACAUCCCUCGUAUUUUCUAUGUCAACCAGAGAGUGCCCAAAACAGAGGAUGCAGUGGUGUACAAAAAGGUCAAUAGAAUCUUGCCCCGCUCUAACACAGUGUAUAAUUUGUAUGAAUAUUCUGUACCAGAGGACAUGUACCAGGAACACAUCAAUGAGAUUAAUGCUGAUCUGUCUGCGCCAGACAUCGAGGGAGUGUACGAAACUCAAGUCCCUCUUCUACUGCGGUCCGUGGUCCAGCUUGGUUGCGUAUGCAUGGUGAACAAACAAAUAGUCCGCCAUUUGUCAGGUAGAGAAGCCGACACUUUUGAAUUGGACCAUUUGGAAAUGAAGUCCCUGGCCCAGUUCAGCUACUUGGAGCCAGGUAGCAUCAGACACAUUUACUUGUACCACAAUUGUCAGGGGAACAAGGCUCUCUUUGGUCUGUUCAUACCGUCACAGAGAAAGGCUGCCAUAUUUGUGGUUGACACGGUUCGCAGUAACCAGAUGCCAAACCUUAGCAGUAUGUAUACAAGUGAACACACUGCAAUGCAGGAAAGGGUUGACCCUGAGCUUUUGCCCCCUGAGAAACAUGUGUUUGGAAGUUCGAGCUGAGACUGGAUUUAAAAAACCGUUUAUAGAGCAAUUCAAAGACUACUUGUGAGCUACAAGGGGGAUGAGAGACGUGGUCCAACUCUGAUUGCAUUGCAGUCCAACUGGUCCCCUAAAAGGCUAACAAGUGGGAUGCCUGUCCUAGAGGAAUUCCCUCUCGUGCCUGUACAUGUCACGGAUGAUAUCAGUUAUAAUGUCCUGGACUGGCAGCGCCAUGGAGCCCGCCGUAUGAUUCGCCACUAUCUUAAUUUGGACAGCUGCCUUUCUCAGGCAUUUGAGAUGGCCAGGUAUUAUCACCUUCCUGUUGGCAACCUGCCAGAUGACGUGUCCACAUUUGGAUCGGAUCUGUUCUUCGCAAGGCAUCUUCGACGACAUAACCACCUCUUCUGGCUGUCUCCAAGCUCUCGACCUGACCUUGGAGGCAAGGAAGCAGAUGAUAACCGACUAGUUAUGGAGUUUGAUGAGAGGGCAUCUGUGGAAAUCAACAAUCCUGGCUGUUACAAUACAAUUUGUGUGGAGCUUGAUAUUCAGAGUCUGGCUGUAAACAGUAUCCUGCAGUCACACCAUAUAAACGACCUGGAAGGGGCUGGUAGCAUUGGCAUCAGUUUUGAUGUAUUACAGCAGGCAUCCCUUGAGGACAUGGUUACGGGGAAUCAGGCCAAUUCUGUGGCCAGUUAUGAUGAGACUGCCCUUUGCUCUAACACAUUCAGAGUAAUGGUGGUAGGCUGGGUGAAGGAAAUUACUCAGUACCACAAUGUGUAUGCCGAUAACCAAGUUAUGCACUUCUAUCGGUGGCUACGGAGUCCAUCCUCACUGCUGUAUGACCCUGCGCUUCAUCGAACUCUCCACAAUAUGAUGAAAAAGCUCUUUUCUACAGUGAUUGCUGAAUUUAAGCGACUUGGCUCAUCUGUCGUGUAUGCUAACUUUAAUCGCAUCAUCCUCUGCACUAAGAAGCGGCGAGUGGAAGAUGCCAUUGCUUACGUUGAAUAUAUUACCCAGAGUAUCCACACCAAGGAAAUUCACUCUCUUACCAUCUCCUUUUCACGCUGUUGGGAGUUUUUGUUGUGGAUGGACCCUGCAAACUAAUGGAGGGAUCAAGGGAAAGCUACCGUCCAGGUGCACUAUGGAGAGGUUAUUUCGUAAGAAGAAGAAAUCUGAGGACAUGAAGGAGAGGGAAGUGAGGAGGAUGAGGAAGAUGACACACAUGCUCAGUCAGACAGUGAACAGCCCGAGGAUCAGGUGGAAGAAAGCUUGGAGAACAACUGGAACAUAGUUCAGUAUUUACCCCAGGCAGCAUCAUGUCAGAGCUACUUCCUAAUGAUUGUCUCUGCAUACAUUGUAGCGGUUUAUCAUAGUAUGCGUGAAGAGUUGAGGCGUAACGCUCCUGGCAGUACGCCAAUAAAACGACGGCAGGACAGCCAAGUAUCACAAGAGACAGUGGGUGAAUCUGGGGCCAUGCCUGGACUUAUCACCUUUUCUCAGGAUUACGUGGCAAAUGAGCUUACACAAAACUUCUUCACAAUCACACAAAAGAUACAGAAAAAAGUGACAGGAGCACGCCAUGUAACAGAGCCAUCUGAAAUGUUCCCUGUUUUACCUGGAUCCCAUCUGACCCUCAACAAUCCGGCUUUAGAGUUUAUCAAAUACGUUUGUCAGGUUCUCUCUCUGGAUUCAAACAUAACCAACCAGGUUAACAAAUUAAAGAGGGAUCUCUUACGCCUUAUUGACGUUGGGGAGUUCUCAGAAGAUGCUCAGUUUCAGGAUCCGUGCCGCUCCUAUAUACUUCCUGAAAUCAUCUGUAAAAGCUGUAAUUUCUGCCGAGAUCUGGACUUGUGCAAGGAUCCGUCUCUCAGUCAGGAUGGAUCUGUGUUGCCGCAGUGGGUUUGUUCAAACUGCCAGACGGAGUAUGACACAGACAACAUUGAAAUGUCAUUAGUGGAAGCGUUGCAAAAGAAGAUGAUGGCUUUUAUGCUACAGGAUUUGAUCUGUUUGAAGUGUAAAGGAGUGAAAGAAGCAAACAUGCCAGUAUACUGCAGCUGCGCAGGAGACUUCAGCCUAACAUUUUCAAUGAAGGUCCUCAUGGAGCAGAUGGAUGCCUUCCGGAAUAUUGCUCAACAUUACCAGAUGCCUCAUCUCUUGGAGACCAUCAACUGGCUUAUCCAACGGAACUCUCACCUGAUCCCAUGACUCCAUUCCGUGCUUUGACGAUUGAAGUUUGGACUUUGUUAGAAGGGAGUCUGGUCAGCAUCUGACCUCCAUGUCUUGUCUGCUUUGUAUAAAUUAUA